AUGUUGCCGUUUCUGGACGAGACCGACGAGUUGUUCAACUAUUGGAUCCUAAGGGUCUUGGUGCUGAUUGUUAUCUAUCUUGCGUGGCGUUCGACCUAUGUCCGAGAAGAUCGUCCGAAUGCAGCAGUGCUCGUGAUUGAAAACAACUUGGGGCGUUUGAAUAGCAUCCAACCACAUAGCGUUACGACGAUUAUACUGCGCAGCUCCUCACAGCAGUCCAAUAUAUCGAAUGUGACAGAAACUGAAGAGCUUGAUCUCGAAAACGACAGCAUAGCCUCAUCGAUUGAUAACAUCACGCAAUCCAUCCUGACGGAAGCUUCAGAGUCGGCCACUGGGCUUGAUUUAAGUGACACGGAAGGUUAUCCGGGUGUUGUAAGUGCUCCAGUUGUUGACACAUUUAACGAUCGCGGACCGGAGGAAAUUAUUCGACAGAUGGAUGCCACAGACCCUGAACCCAUCCCAAACGCGCAAAUCGACUCGGUAGUAUCUACCGGAUUGCGUCAAAGGUUGAACGUUACUAGCACCUGCGCUGGCCAGCCAGAGGGAGAAAAAUCUUCUGAUCGCGUUGAUAGCAGUACUGAAAAUACAGCCUCUGCAAGCAGCACUUUAACGGAACCCCCAUUGCCUACCAAACCGAUUAGAAUUAAGCUGAAGUAUUUGAAUGACGAUUCUAAGCUAGUAGAGGGCAAUUUGAACGAGGGCAUUGGUGAAUUUAAGCGACGAAACUUUACCCUUGAACUGGCAGCCCAUAAACUCGUCAGAUUAGUAUUCAACGGGCACGUGUUGCAACCUGACAAUAAGACGCUCGCUGCUUGUGGUCUGUUCGAUAACUGUGUUGUCCAUUGUCUGAUACACAAUCAGAAAUCGGCACUCAAUGGUGUCAGUACCGAUCGCCCUUUGGAAGGAUCGAUAGGGGAUAAUCAAAACCCAGCGCAUGGUCAGAUCGGUGGUUUAGAGAAUGGUGACGGCAUUGAUACGGAUGGGGCGACCGAUCGCCGAGGCACAGACACGGAUAAUCGGUCCGGCACGCGUUACGGGACGUACUUUAUCUACAUCGGCACACUAGCAGUCACUGCGGUCAUAUUGUACGGAUGGUAUUGUCGCUUUCAUUACGGCCAUUUGUUUAAUCUGAACUCCACCAUCGGGCUAAUCGUGACUACUACUACGUUCCUGAUUAUGAUGCCGACGAUUAUUCUUGCUGAUAGUAAUACACCAAAUUGA